AUGGACGCGAACCCGCCGUGCCGCACGCUCUAUGUGCGCAACCUCCCGGACAAGCUCGCGAAGGCCAAGCUGCGGCGCCUUCUGCACGCGGCCUUCACGCCGCACGGGCACGUCGUGUGGAUCGUGGCCGAGAAGACGCUCAAGCUGCGGGGGCAGGCCUUCAUCACGUUCGAGCAGCAGUCGUCCGCGACGCAGGCGCUGCGCAAGACGCACGCCACCGAGUUCCUGGGGCGCGUCCUGAGCGUCACGUACGCGCGCGCCGUCAGCGACCGCGCCGCGUCCGCCAAGCUCGGCGGCGACUCCGCCCUGUCGCGCAAGGCG